AUGUCGGCUUUCCGCGCUGGCAUGGCCGCCCGGCCAGCUGUUCGAGCUGCCCGAGUUACAGCUUCCCGCUCUUUCGCUACUUCGCGCAGCAUGCGGAUGGCUGCUGUUUCUGAGAAGACCUUCUUCGCUGGCGAGCCAGACGCCCCUACAGUCAAGACAGCUAUUCCUGGCCCUAAGACCAAGAGUCACCUGGAUGAGCUCACCAAGGUCUUUGAUACUCGCAGCGCAAACAUGCUUGUCGACUACACCAAGAGCAAGGGCAAUUACAUUGCCGACCCCGAUGGCAACGUGCUUCUCGAUGUCUUUGCUCAGAUUGCUUCAAUUGCUGUCGGUUAUAACAACCCUGCCCUUCUCAAGGCCGCCUCCAGCCCUGAGAUGGUAAACGCCAUUGUCAACCGACCUGCCCUCGGAGCUUUCCCUUCUCACGACUGGGCCGAUCUUCUCAGGUCUAGUCUUCUUACUGUUGCUCCCAAGGGUCUGGAUAAUGUCUUCACUGCCAUGGCUGGCUCGGAUGCGAACGAGACUGCCUACAAGGCCGCCUUUAUGUGGCGCCGACAGCAAGAGCGCGGUGGCCCUGAGGUUGAUUUCAGCACUAAGGAACUCGACAGUGCUAUGGAUAACCAUGCCCCCGGAAGCCCUGAUCUUUCUAUUCUUUCUUUUAAGACCGGCUUCCACGGUCGUCUCUUUGGGUCGCUCUCUACUACCCGCUCCAAGGCUAUCCAUAAGGUCGACAUCCCCGCUUUUGACUGGCCUCAAGCGACUUUCCCCAAGCUCAAAUAUCCCCUCGAGGAGAACGUGGAGGAGAACAAGAAGAUCGAGCAGGCCAGUCUUGAUGAAGUCGAGCACCUUAUUAAGAACUGGCACCUGCCUCCUUGCGCCGUUGUCGUCGAGCCGGUGCAGAGUGAAGGCGGUGACAACCACGCUUCGCCUGACUUCUUCCGCAAGCUGCGAGCCUUGACCAAGAAGCAUAACAUUCUGCUUAUUGUCGAUGAAGUCCAGACUGGUAUUGGCGCUACUGGCAAGUUCUGGGCUCAUGACCACUGGAACCUCGAGACACCCCCUGAUAUCGUGACCUUCUCUAAGAAGGCGCAAGCUGCCGGUUUCUACUAUGGCGACCCUGCUAUCCGCCCCAACAAGCCUUACAGACAAUUCAACACAUGGAUGGGUGACCCUGCUCGCGCCAUCCUGUUCAAGGCCAUUGUCGACGAAAUCAACAAGAACGACCUCGUCAACCACACCGCGCGAGUUGGUGAUCGCCUCUUCAAGGACCUCGAGUCUCUUAGCAAGAAGUACCCCGGUCAGAUCGAGAACCUCCGCGGCAAGGGUCAAGGUACAUUCAUUGCCUUCGACAGCCCCAAGCGUGACCAGUUCCUAGUAGAGGCCAAGAAAUUGGGUGUGAACAUCGGUGGCAGUGGCGCCAGCGCCGUUCGUCUGCGACCUAUGCUCAUUUUCCAGCAGAAGCAUGCUGAUAUCCUUGUGGACACAAUUGAGAAGAUUGUUAAGCAGUAA